GAUUGUAACUAGACUUUGUUGUGGACUUUCCAGUUGCUGGUGGUUAAGCUGUCAAGAAGCGAUUAGUUGUCAAUGACGUGGGUCUAAACUCAUCGCUAUGAAUAUGGAUAAUGAUCUAGUAGUGCAUACCAGACUUGUUGAUCGUCCAGACAGCGAACAGCUUGAUCCAUUCUUUUUAGAGACACCUUUAGAGUGGCGAAAUUUAGAAGCUUUGCUGAAAGCCUCGUACAAAGUACCACAAAAGAGGAUUGAUGUUCGCUACAUUGAUGAAGAUGAUGAUCUGAUAAUAAUCAGCAGUCAGAGUGAAUUAAAUGAAGCUGUGAGGCUCUCACAAAAAUCACAGAAGCCUCUCAUUCUGCAAAUACGCAGCAUGGAGCCACAUACUACACCUGAAAGAUCAAAGGCAUCAGCACCACCACAAGAAGAUGAAAAGAUAAUGAUGGAUGCAGCACCAGAGGAGGAAAUAAGUGCAAAAACCACUAGCCUAAGAGAGGAUACACUGAAGCCGUUUAUGGUCCCAGGUGCUCUCUCAGGAGCAAAUGUUGUGGCAAUAGAGAUUCCAGACUCUGCUGGUGAAGGGCAAAUAGCUAACGAGUGUGAAGUGGAAACUGAGCAUGGACAAGGAACAGAGGCAGCUGAGCCUGCAGAAACACUAGAGACAGGAGAAGUGGCCCCCAAAUUGCGUCGUGAUGAAGAAACGGGUUAUUGGAUUGUAAGAAAGUUAAAAAAGAACUUCAUUGCCAGUCAUCUGAAGAAAAGACAGGAUUGGUAGAAGAACAAAUAGCCACAGGUGAUAAGGCAUACGAGCAGCUUACUGUUUCCAGCCUGUCCAAAGCUGGAAAACGUCACAGACUGGAUGAAGAU